AAAAAAGUCUUAAGACAUAUCAAGAACUGAUUACUAUGCCUGUGUUACACAAUGGUGCUACUGGACAAAAUGAACUAGAACAGCUUCGAAUGAAAGCUAAUAAGAUCACGGAUGAACUCAGAUAACGUAGGUUGUCGUCGCAUUGCUGCUUGUCACUGAUUGGCUGGAUGCGUGAUGACGUCGUUGCUAAAAGUGUGAGAGGAGGAUUGGUGCUACAUGAGAAACAUUUCAUUCUGGAUGUUUUUUGUUUUCUUUGUAUUUCUAUCUGCGUGUUGGAGAAGAACGCCGACACUGACAAGUUCAGCUACUGGAGCAGGUCGGAACCAGUUUAAGGAAUUGUCUUCUCCGUUUUGCUGAUAAGUUUGAUUUUGGUGCUUCCUGAUUGCUUAAUAGCUCGUGGCCGUCGCUGACUGUCAUCAAAUAACUAUUUUUUAAAAUAGUCUUAAAUGUCAAAGUGACUGCUGUGAAUAUUAUUAGAUUAUCUCUGAGGUGGGUUCGUGGUAUCUUCAGGUAGUUUAUAAUAUCUCAUAACUGCACGCUAAGACGUUUCUUAUAAAGUUUCAUUCUUGACAAUACCUUUCAUUGAGUCCGUUACAUUUAUAUCCUGAUAAAAUAUGAUUAUGAGUGAGUCAAAACUCCCGCCCACUGCAAGCAACACGGUAAUUUAUAACUACGUUCAGCUUCCUAAGGACAAGAUGGCUAAUCUUCAGUCAAAAAUAAAUAACAUAACAACAGAGUCUUUGGAGUCGACAAGGCGAAUGUUAACAUUAUGUGAGGAGAGUGAAGAUCUAGGAAUAAAAACUAUGGUUAUGUUGGAUGAACAAGGGGAACAACUAGAUAGGGUUGAGGAAGACAUGGACAAAAUAAAUGCAGAUAUGAAAGAAGCUGAAAAAAAUUUAACAGGAAUGGAUAAAUGUUGUGGUUUAUGUGUUUGCCCCUGUAACAAGAUAACUAAUGAUGCACAUGAAGAAGAGAUGGAAGAAAACAUGCAGCAGGUUGGCACAAUUGUUGGAAACCUUCGAAAUAUGGCCAUUGACAUGGGAAGUGAAAUUGAAUCUCAGAACCGUCAGUUAACAAGGAUCAAUCAAAAGGCAGAAUCAAAUGAAUCUCGUAUUGCUGCUGCCAACCAAAAAGCCACAAAACUCCUCAAGAGCUAGAAGAGUGAAACUCAAAACUGUGGCCACGAAUAUUUCCUUCUUGUGAAUCUGUAACAGUGUGCAUUUUGUGUAACUACCAGCAUGUUUGUUUUCCACAAAGAAAAAUUUAGUACCUAUAUAUCUGUCAACAUUUGCCUCUUUGGUGGUUGUUUGUCUGUUUUUGUAUUUUGUUACAAUUACUCAGCUGUUCAGGUACAACUUGUAUUUUUUGUUUCAGCUGGUUUGCUUAGAUGACUCAUUAUUUAAUAUCUUUAUAUGUAUAUAUCUGUCAAAUUUGGCUAUUUUGGUGGUUGUUUGUCUGUUUUUUGUCUUUUACAACAAUUACUCAGCUGUUCAGGUACAACUUGUAUUUUCUUUUCAGCUACUUUGCUUAGAUGUCUCAUUAAUUCCUGUCUUUAUCCUAGCCAACCUAAGUAGUUAUAAGUUUCCUGAAAAUCUGCUGCUGCAUGGUAACACAAACUCUUUACUAUUCUAGAAGCUGUGAAUAUAGUGGUUUCAUUUAUGAAUCUAGGUUAAGGAUAGAAAUUCAUUUUGAAACGUUUUUGACGCCUCAUUUUGUAAUCAAUUAAUAUUUUUCCUUCUUAAAAACUUUUGUUCUUGUAUUAAUUUUAUUAUAGAAAAUUAUAACGGUGGUAGUGGUGGUAAUUGAUGUGAUUCUGUGGUGUUUUCUGUCCUUUUAUCUAUAGUAGUGUAUCUAUGUUCAGUUUAUUAUACACUGUUAAGAUGUCACUGCAGUCAUUAGAUUAUACUUAGUUCAUAAUGUUAUGUUAAAGUAUAUAGUCAAUAUUUACAAGGUACUACUUCAGAACUGAGUUAUGUUUUGUUGUAUUAUCUCUGGUAAUGAGGAAGCAGCUAUUACUUUAUGGAAGAAAAAAGAUCAAUUCAGGUUAAGAAAAAGAGUCAUUGGUUUUCUUAUAUAUUUUUUGUAUAAUUAUAAUUAUAAUUUUUUGUAAAAUUAUACUGUUCUAUAGCUUCAAUUCUCAAACUAGAUUUAGUUCAAAACAAAGUACUCAAUAUUUUUUCUCUUAAAGAUUUGUUUGCAGCUCAACAGUAAAUGUGUUAAAAUUCUGUUUAUGAAUUAUUUACCAACCAGGUUAUAAAAAUAUUCUGAACUACACAGGAAUAAUUUUGUUGUUGUAUGGCUUUCAUUUUUCAAUUAUAUUCGAAAAGUUCCAUAGCAGUAGUAAUAGCACUUGUUUGUGAAUUGGUUGCACUAUUAAGCUAGUCAAUUCCAAUAUGAAAGAAACUGCUCUAACAAUAGUCUGGACUGGGCAUUUAUAGAAUCUUCAUGGUAAGUCUGACACUUGGUAUAUCUAGGGUGACCAGAUAUUCAGACUGAAAAACUGGGGGAAGCCCAGUUCUUGCCCCUAAUUUCAAAAUGGCUAUUACAAAUUUGAAUUAAUGAAACUUUUAUUUAAUUUAC